GAACACUCCUGAUGAUGCCACAGUGAUGUCAUGGUGGGACUAUGGGUACCAGAUAGCAGGAAUGGCCAACCGGACAACACUAGUUGAUAAUAAUACCUGGAAUAACUCACAUAUUGCUCUAGUCGGUAAAGCGAUGAGCAGUACUGAAGAGAAGGCGUAUGAGAUAAUGAGGAACCUAGGAGUGGACUAUGUGCUGGUUAUAUUUGGUGGCAUGAUCGGGUACUCCGGGGACGAUAUUAACAAGUUUCUUUGGAUGGUAAGGAUCGCUGAGGGAGAGCAUCCUAACGAUAUAAAGGAGUCGAGGUAUUUCACUCCACAAGGUGAGUUCAGAGUUGAUUCUGCUGGUUCCCCUGUCCUCCUCAAUUGUCUCAUGUAUAAAAUGUGCUACUAUAGAUUUGGUGAAGUACAGCAUAGUUACAAUACACCAGGUGGUUAUGACAGGACCAGGAAUGUUGAGAUUGGUAAUAAAAAUGUGAAGUUCACACAUUUAGAGGAAGCCUAUACAACAGAGCACUGGCUAGUGAGAAUAUACAAGUAAGAAACUGAACCUCAA